AUGGGCAAUAGUGAAGAAAAGCCGCGUUUGCUUCAAGUGUUUACAAGGGACACAUCGGAAGGAGAGCUGCAAGAAGCCGUCGUGCAAGGAAUGCAAGAGGUGGCAUCAUCAUCUGCUGCACGUCGAGACAGAGAAAAGUUCCUCGGAAGAACAGAAGAACAAACCACAAGAAGUGGCGAGCAUCAUGGCAUCGGAUCAAAGAAGAUAUUGGCCCUCAUGGAUGAAGGGUCAACAGUGUCGCUGCUAGACCAGAAGGUAGCAGAAGAAAUCGGCGCUCAAGGAAGAAAGGAGGAACUGGUCAUCGAGACUGUUGGAGGCAGGCUGAUAAGGAAGGAAGACUCUCAGAUGCUGGACCUUACGGUGAAGGGGAUUCAUCAGAAGACCAAGAAGACCUUGAGAAGAGUCCGGACCAUCGACGAGUUGAAGCUUGCACCGCAGUUCCUAGAAAAGAAAAGGAUAGAAGAGUGUCAACACUUGAAGAAGAUUGCUGACUCUCUAUAUUAUAAGGGGGAGUCACCACAGCUGCUCAUCGGUCAAGACAACUGGGAGCUAAUCGUGACUCAAGAAGUAAGAAGAGGGAAACCAGGACAACCAGUCGCUUCAAGAACAGGACUUGGAUGGGUGCUCCACGGGUCAGACACUGGAGGCGCGAAAGUGGUGCACUUCUUAAACACGUGUCUACAUGUCAGCACGCCAGAAGAAGAGAUGCAUCAAGCCAUCAAGGAUCACUUCGCAAUCGAAGCACUUGGAGUACUACCAAGAAGACCCACUACGGAUUCAGAAGGAAGAGCACUCACCAUCCUAGAGAAGACCUGCAGAAGACUAGAAGAUGGUCGAUUUGAAGCUGGACUUCUAUGGAAAAAUGAAGAUGAACAGAUGCCUGAAAGCUACACGUCUGCCAAGAACCGAUUGUUCAACAUUGAAAAGAAGAUAGACAAAGACCCUCAGCUGAAGGCAGAAUACAAUAAGCAGAUCCAGCAUCUAAUCGACAGCAAGUAUGCAGAAGAAGCACCUGGUGGACAAGAAGAUUCAAAGAAGACAUGGUACCUCCCUCAUUUCUCCGUGGUACAUCCAUUGAAGAAGAAAAUAAGGAUCGUCUUCGACGCUGCAGCCAAGUCUAAAGGGAGAAGCCUCAACGACGCUUUACUACCGGGACCAGACCUACUGCAAUCGCUCUUCGGGGUAUUACUGAGGUUCCGGCAAGGCCCGUUUGCAGUGGCAGCCGACAUAAAGGAAAUGUUCCUGCAAGUUCGCAUCCGGCCAGAAGAUAGAAACAGCUUGAAGUUCCUGUGGCGAGGGGAUCGUCGUGACGUAGCACCGAAGGAGUAUAGAAUGACAUCAGUCAUCUUCGGCGCGACAUCAUCUCCUAGCACAGCGAUCUACGUGAAGAACCGGAACGCGGCGGACUACAAGAAGCAGUACCCAGAGGCAGCAAAGGCAAUCGAGCUGAACCAUUACAUGGAUGACUACCUGCACAGCUUCCAUUCAGAAGAGGACUUCAAGAGAAUUACAGCGCAGGUGGACUUCAUUCACAAAAAGGCGGGCUUCGAACUCCGAGGAUGGGCGUCAAACCACUCCGACCUGCUGCAAGACGUGAAGACUGAGUCAGUUGAGAAGACAGAGGUGGACCUUGGUGAGAAGGAAGAGAAGACACUGGGACUACGCUGGUUUACAGAAAGGGACUCCAUAGGCUUUAGGGCGAACCUUCGGAACACGCCAGAUGAAGUGGCACAAGGACUCAAGGUACCUACGAAGAGAGAAGUCACCAGCGCCGUGAUGUCGACCUUCGAUCCACUAGGGCUAGCAUCACCAAUUCUCAUCCAAGGCAAAAGGCUGCUCCAGAACAUAUGGCGAAGUGGCGUCGGUUGGGAUGAAGAGAUAGAAGAAAAGGAGUACGAGUCAUGGAAGACUUACCUGGAGAAGAUGAAGCUGCUCCAAGACCUUCAGAUCCCGAGAUGUCUGGCACCACGUCGCACCGAGGGGGAGCUGCACACGUUCACGGAUGCAAGCGAAAUGGCGUAUGCAGCUACGGUAUAUUGGAGAACUGAAAAUCAAAAUGGGACUUAUGACGUCAGCUUAGUAGCAGCAAAAGUAAGAGUCGCUCCGUUGAAGCCGGUGUCAAUCCCGAGACUCGAGCUGCAAGCGGCCCUCCUAGGAAGCAGAUUGGCACACUCGGUCGAGGAAGAAAUGGAUCUGAAAAUAGAAAAGAAGACGUUUUGGACAGACUCCAGUAUCGUGCUAUCAUGGAUCAAGACGGACCCGAGAACCUUCAAGACAUUCGUGGCUCAUCGCUUGGCGGAGAUAGAAGAUCUCACAAAACCACAGGACUGGAGAUGGGUACCGACGGCGCAGAACCCUGCAGAUGAUGCAACACGUGACGUACCAGAACACUUCGACUGCCAACACCGAUGGUACACCGGACCAGGGUUUCUAAGAAGAGAUGAAGUUCACUGGCCUGCGGCAAGAACAUUCAAGAAAGAAACCACUGGCGAAGAAAAGGCAGCGGACAUCGUAGCGACUGCAGGCAGCUCCUAUCCAUCACCAGAUCCCGAAAAGUUCUCGUCGUGGAAAAGACUUUGGCGAGCUACAGCAAGAGUACUGCAGUUCAUACAACUCUGCAGAAGAAAGGAAAAGGUCCACGCCAGCAAAGAAGAUCCUACCUGGAAAACUACAAAAAGGAAUAAGAAAAUUGUUGAGAAGCGACAUCUGUCUUCAAAAACGUCAGAAAGGAAAUACAUACCAUUGGAAACAAGUCUACUAGAGCAAGCUGAAACGCUGUUGUUAAGAAGAAGUCAAGAGAAAUGCUUCAAAGAGGACAUCAGGUGCCUACAGCAAGGAAAACAAUUAGAGGGCAGCAGCAAGUUGAAAAGGCUCGACGUAGUGCUAGAAGAAGGUCUCCUGCGACUGAAAGGAAGAAUCGACGCGAUACGAGGGGUUACCAGAGACUACAAACGACCCAUCGUACUCGACAGCAAGGACAAGACAACACUUCUCAUCAUAGAAGAAUUUCACUGCCGCUUCAAUCACGGGAAUCACGCGACCGUAAUGAACGAAGUAAGACAACGCUUCUGGGUGCUAGGACUGAGGUCAGCGAUCAAGACCAUUCAACAUCAAUGCCAGUGGUGCAAAACAAGAAAGGCAAGACCUCAAGAACUACCAGUGGGCAACUUACCUGCUGAGAGGCUGAUGCACGGAAACCCUCCAUUUACGUGCACGGGAAUAGAUUACUUCGGCCCUAUGACGAUCACCGUAGCAAGACGCCAUGAGAAGAGAUGGGGUGCUCUAUUCACAUGCUUAACAACACGAGCUGUACACAUUGAGCUCACUCCUUCACUCUCCACUGACAGCAUGAUCAUGGCACUACGACGAUUCGCCGCGAGAAGGGGAAUGCCAAAGAUAAUCUACACCGACAAUGGCACUAACUUCGUUGGCGCCAACAAAGAACUCAAAGAAGCACUAGACACCAUGAAGCAAGAAGACCUUAUCUCGGAAGCGGAGAAGAUCGGUGUGCAGUGGAAGUUCAUACCUCCUGGUGCACCAAACAUGGGAGGUGCAUGGGAGCGUCUGGUGCGAUCCAUUAAAACCGCACUGGACGCCACGCUCAACGAAAGGCAACCACGAGAGGAGGUACUUCAUACCCUCCUGUUAGAGGCCGAGCACAUAGUCAACUCUCGGCCCCUCACCCACCUCUCCGAGAACCCUGAAGAAGAAGCACUUACACCGAACCACUUUCUCAUCGGGCGAUCAUGUGGCGCAGCAAGAAUCGGCAGCUUCGAGGACAACGAGCUUGUGGGCAGACACACCUGGAAGGCUACGCAGCGACUUGCCGAUCACUUCUGGCAACGUUGGCUGAGAGAGUAUUUGCCCACUCUACUACCAAGGAAGACCAAAGGAAGAGUCAGCGCCACAGAUUUGCAAGUCGGAGACAUCGUACUGAUCGUCGAUCACAGCCUACCAAGAUGCAUCUGGCCACGCGGAAGAAUCCUGCAUGUGUAUCCUGGACCAGACGGGCGGACCAGAGUCGUCGACGUCGAGACCAGAGGAGGUGUUCUACGGAGGCCCAGUUCGAGAGUGGUGCUGUUGGUGCCGGGAGCGUCGCCGAGUCCAGGAGUUGGUGCAAAGCACGAGGGGGAGAAUGUCGGCGACGGAAAACUUAUCUUCGAG